AUGGCGGAAAACCUGAGGAGACUGGUCUCGAAUGAAUCUUUACGAUCGUUGCAGGAAAAUCUAGACUCCUGGCUGAGGGAGUACAACUCAAACACAUGUGAUCAAAAUCUAAAUAACUGCCUGGAACUCAUUGAACAAGUUGCCAAAGUGCAGGCACAACUCUUUGGGAUCCUCACUACAGCAGCCCAAGAAGGGGGACACAAUGAUGGUGUGGAAACAAUCAAAUCACGCCUUUUGCCAUGGCUGGAGGCUUCCUUUACUGCUGCUUCCCUGGGAAAACCUGUUGACAGCAAGGUCCCCUCUCUACAGGACACAUUUGACAGGGAGAGACAUAAAGAUUCAGGUCCUCGGGAUCGGGAUGUACAACAAUUAGACUCUGAUUCGGACUCAACCCGUAAUCAACGCAACCAGGUUCAAGACGAUCUUGCUGAAACUGAAAAGACUCUUGAAGAAACCAAGAACAGAUCGGCCAUAUCCCUUUUGGCUGCAGAGGAGGAAAUAAAUCAGCUAAAAAAGCAGCUUAAAUCUCUUCAAGCCCAGGAGGAUGCCCGCCACAGAAACUCAGGCCACAGGAGCUCAGACCCUAGGCGCUCAGAGCAUCGGAGCUCGGAGCAUCGAAGCUCGGAGUCGCGGAGCGUCCAGCCUCGGAGCUCGCUCAAGAAGAGCAUUGACCCGCGGAAAUCCGAAGUGACAUCCGACUAUGAGAAACAGCUCCAAAAUCUGAAGGACGAGAUAGCUGCAGGAACAGCAGAGAGAGGUGAAUCGAAGUAUUUCCCCGGCUGCUUCUCGCUCACCAGCAGGUCCUCCAAAAGCCGAUCUCCUAGUCCCACCCGUCGCAGCCGCAGCCGCAGCCGGAGCCGGAGCCGGAGCCGCAGCCGCAGCCGCAGCCGCAGCCGGCCCUCCAGCCCCUCCACCACAGUCGCGAAGGUCAGGAGCCCGUCCCCUCAUCGCUCCAAGCUGUCCAACGUGGCGCGCAAGGCUGCCCUCCUGUCCCGGUUCAGCGACGCCUAUUCCCGGGCCCGGCCGGACGCGCAGUGCCUGCUGCGGCGCUGCAUAGACAAAGUCGAGACCGUGCAGAAGAUCAUCUACAUCGCCACCGUGCUAUAUGAUUCCCAAAGCAGUGUUAAUGAUGUGAUCCGAGCCAUGAAUGUCAACCCCAAGAUUUCGUUCCCUCCUGAAGUUGACUUUGGCCUUCUCAGUGACUUCAUCCAGGAAAUAUGCUGCAUUGCCUUUGCAAUGCAGGCUUUAGAACCACCCCUAGAUAUUGCAUUUGGGGCAGAUGGAGAAGUUUUUAAUGAUUGCAAGUACCGCCGUAGCUAUGACUCGGAUUUCACUGCUCCCUUGGUCUUCUAUCACGUGUGGCCUGCUCUCAUGGAGAAUGACUGUGUCAUUAUGAAGGGAGAAGCUGUCACCAGGAGAGGGGCUUUUUGGAAUUCUGUGCGUUCUGUAAGUCGAUGUCGAAGCAGGAGUUUAAGUCCCAUUUGCCCCCGUAGCCAUAUUGGUUUAAGCAUGAUAUCUCGAAGUCGGAGCCCUUCUCCAAUAAGAUGUGGAUUGCCAAGGUUUUAAAACCACCAGACGUGUUCCUUUGCCACAGUACAUCAUGACAGCCAGCUCCCCCAGUGUCUCCAUCUGCCUGCUGUGUCUGCCUCAGACUUCACUUAAGAUAAUGUGAAAAGGCAAUUCUGUGUAUCACUCCACACAGAGAGUUAAAUGUUUUGGCUUAGUGCAUUUGUAACUUUACAUAUAUCGCAUUUUAUUUUAUUUUAUAGAUACAAAUUCCAUUAAUUUCAUAAAAACUAUUGCAUAGGCGUUUAGGAUCAUAUUCAUUUGAAGCAAAGUCCAUGACAAAGGUCCAGGAUUUCCAUCCUGAAAUACUAGGCUCUUUUAUGGCAACCAUAUGAGCAAAAGUCUUUACUGUGCUGAGUCCAAAAGAAAAGAUGAGUUAUUUCAGUUACAGAUUGAUCAUAAAUAUUACAAUUGUUGGUAUCAGCUUAUCUUGAAACCAAUAUUGGCUGUUUCAAUUUACUGUUAAGGUUUGAAAGACAGCCCUUAUCUCAGGGUUGAGGAACUCCUCCUAUGAGUAGCUGUGACUUAAGGCUAAAUGGAGAAGAUGAUGAUUAAGAGACUAUAAUUAGUUGGCUUGCUUCUGUGUUCUUAGUUUGAGAGUGCCUUGUUUGGUUUACCUGAGCAUCAAAUGUCAAAGCUACUUAGUUGAGAGAAUUUUCCUGCUUCAUAAACAUGGAGCAGUGAUUUGAUUAGAAUUAAAUGUUAAUUACCUUGUGUUUAUCUCCUGGGGAUGUUUCAUACUAUUUUAAUGCACUUGUUAAAUAUAAAAGUUACGUGGGA